AUGAAUUUCACUAUAAAUUUAUGGAUGCUCUGUAGAAACCGGCCAGUUGGAAAACGGGAUCCACUUCAAAGCGAGUCAAAGAUUCAGUUCAAGGAGAAACUUCAGCGUAUGGAGGGAAAAGUUACUCAACUGGAAAUCCAAGUUGAAAAGCAUAAUGAAAUGAAGGUGGAUUUGGAAGCCAAAUAUGCUCGAAUGGAGGCCUUGUUGUUGAAAAGAGAUGCGGAGCACAAAAUGUUAUCAGAAAAAGUUGGUCGCCUAGAACUCGAAAUAUGGAAAUCGGCUUCCAGAUUGGAAACGACUAAUGUUGACGCUGACGAUCGAUCAACUUUAAAGAAUGCCAUUCUGAGAACGUGCCUGGAAAUCCACGAAACGGAUCCUUCACUGAAUUCCGGAAUGAACUGGAUUGAUCCGGACGGAAUAGGCGUUGGUGAUGGUGCCAUCUAUGUUUAUUGCGACAUGACUUCAGGUUCCACAUCCAUUCCACACGAUAGUGAAUCGCCGAUGGAUGUGGGACAUUGUGCCGAUCCUGGAUGCUAUUCCAGACCAAUCAAUUACAACGCAACCGCAAGACAAAUAACAGCGUUGGCCGAAUUGUCUAAUGAAUGCCACCAGUCCAUCAGAUACGAUUGCAACUUUGCUCCGUUUGAGCACAGCGGCAUCGCCUAUGGCUGGUGGAAUGACAAGGAUGGGAAUGCAAAAUAUUUCUGGUCGGGUGACAACACAAACAUUCACACUUGCCAAUGCGGCAUCGAUCAAAAUUGCGUCGAAUCUACUGACAAAUGCAACUGUGAUUCUGCUGCGCCAAUACAAUUAUUUGACAGUGGAAUUAUCACUGAUAAAAGUGUUGUUCCCAUAACGCGGCUGAAUUUCGGCCGCACUCAACUGAACACUUCAUCCGGUGUUCACACGCUUGGCAAAUUGGAAUGUUCGGGACGUGUAGCCGUCACUGGAAUGCCAAAAUCGUGCGAGGACUUGUGGCUCAUCGGUCACACCUUGAGUGGAUUGUAUUCGAUUAUGGGCGCAAAAAUGGUCGAAAGCGUUUAUUGCGACUUUACAAAAUUGCCUAACGACGCAGGUUUCCAGACUUGGAUUGGGUUUGAAGAUGUUAAAUCGUCGUCUGUAUACUUCUAUGUUCAAAGAAACGCAGAUUACAAUCAAAUUGGGACUUCAAUUCCAUACGACGUCGAAAAACUUAACGCCGGUGGAGCCAUGAAUUUACAAACAGGAAUUUUCACGGCACCUAAACCAGGGAAAUACUUCUUCUCCGUCUCGGGAAAGGCUUAUAUUCCAGCAUCUUCGACUUGGAUUUACCUCCGAAUCAAUUUGUAUAAAAACAGUGAAUAUGUCGGUUUUUGUUUUUCGGAUGAAAGCGGUAACACCGGAUCUCAAUAUGAAACAUUUUCACUUGAAUCAACGCUUGAUUUAAGAAAGGGAGACACAAUUUCGUUAAUGAUUACGGAUCAGGGACCAGGUGUAUUUCUACGUGGCGGUGGCAGUUUUCACUUUAACGGAUGGCUCCUGGAAGAAGACAUUUUCCCACUUUCUUAAUUUUAUGACGCUGUAACUUGUUUUGGAAAUCUAAUCUUUGAAUUGGCA